AUGAAGGUCACAGUCACAGCAGCCCGCAGUAACUCUAUUUCUCGCGUUGGGAACCACUCCAAACGCCAUUGGGUCUCCCGGCGGCCGCACGGUGCGGCCCUGCGGACUCCGGGGGCGUCCUCCCAGACCCGCGGCCGGGGAGGCCGGUCCAGGGGCGUCGCUGUGUCGGGGGAGCAGGAAGUGCGACAAGCUCGCGGCCCGGGGCUGCGGCGCUCGGCCCCGCCCAGCUCCCAGCGGCGGCUUCAGGACGCCAAUAACCCGCCAGCCCGGCCUAGGGAAACUUCCCUGAAAGCAGCAGUGUGGCUGAGGCCUACCUGCUGGCCCCCUUCCUACAGAUGGGUGUUCCUGGUGAAGAAGAGUUACCAAGACGUCGACACCUCCCUGCAGAGUGCUGUUGUCACCAAAGUCAAGGGUGUGGACUUCACUAACACCUCAGAUCUCGGGGAGCGGCUCUGGGAUGUCGCUGACUACGUCAUCCCAGCCCAGGGAGAGAACGUCUUCUUUGUGAUCACCAACCUGAUUGUGACCCCCAACCAGCGGCAGGACAUCUGUGCUGAGAGUGAAAACAUUCCCGAUGGUGCGUGCUCUACGGACAGUGACUGCCACCCAGGGGAUGCUGUCAUAGCUGGAAAUGGAGUGAAGACUGGCCGCUGCCUAAAGACAGAGAACCCAGCCAGGGGCACCUGUGAGAUCUUUGCUUGGUGCCCACUGGAGACAAACUCCAUGCCAACGGAGCCGUUCCUGAAGGGUGCCGAAGACUUCACCAUUUACAUAAAGAACUUCAUUCGUUUCCCCAAAUUCAACUUCUCCAAGAGCAAUGUGAGGGACAUCAAAGACACAUCUUUUCUGAAAUCCUGUCUCUUUGGCCCCAAGAACCACUACUGCCCCAUCUUCCGAGUGGGCUCUGUGAUCCGCUGGGCAGGGAGUGACUUCCGGGAUAUAGCUGUGCAGGGUGGUGUGAUAGGAAUUCAGAUAGAGUGGAACUGUGAUUUGGAUAAAGCUGCCUCUGAAUGCAACCCUCACUAUUCUUUCAGCCGUCUGGACAACAAGCUUUCAAAUUCUGUCUCCGGGUACAACUUCAGGUUUGCCAAGUAUUACCGAGAUGCAGCUGGGGUGGAGUUCCGUACCCUCAUGAAAGCCUAUGGGAUCCGCUUUGAUGUGAUGGUGAACGGCAAGGGGGCUUUCUUCUGCGAUCUGGUACUCAUCUACCUCAUCAAAAAGAGCGAGUUUUACCGUGACAAGAAGUACGAGGAAGUGAGGGGCCUGGAGGACAGUUCCCAGGAGGCUGAGGACGAGGCAGAGGGGCUGGGGCUAUCGGAGCAGCUCACAUCCGGGCCGGGGCUGCUGGGGUUGCCGGACACGCAGGAGCAGCCUAAGGAACAGCAUGGAAGCGGCGGCCAGAAGGGGAAUGGCCAUGUGUACCCACAGCUCCUUGAGCCCAGCAGGCCUGACUCCCUGCAGAAUGCCGAGGUGGAUGUGGAGCAGCUGCACACCCUGAAGAUGGUGAAGACGUAGCCAGGGCUGUGGCUGGGAGCAGAUUCAGUGAAGCCGUGGGGGCCAGAACCGCCCUAGCUCUGGACUGGGAAGAGGGGUCUGUGUGUCGGCGUGAGGCACAGGCUUCCGGGCAUUGCUGUCUCUCCUGCGCUUUGGGAUCUUGCUACUAACUGUUCUCUGUGUGAGGAGGGCAGCCCCCUAAUAGUCCGAGUGGCUCAGAUGAUGAAGCCCUGGAGGAGGCACCCAGGGAAGGGGAGGGGGGCAGGCCAGGGGUCUGAGUGGAACCAGAGUGUUUUGAUUUUCUCUGAGAACCUGGUUGGACAUCAUUCAUUCAUUCAUGACAUGUGCAUGCUGCGUGCUGGGCCCUACC